AUGCGCAAAGAGCAGGAAAAACUGAGGAAGGACAUAGAGGAGAAACAGCAACAUCCUGUUCAACCUCGCAAAGUCUCCAACAAUGAUGAGCUGAUCAGGAUUGUGUUGUUGGGGAAGACUGGAGUUGGGAAGAGCGCUACAGGAAACACCAUUCUGGGAAAAAAGUGCUUUAAAUCUGAGUUCUCCCCUAAAUCUUUGACUACACACUCUGAAAAGGCUUCUGGUGAGGUGGAUGGACAAAAGGUUGCUGUUAUCGACACUCCGAGCCUGUUUGACACCAAUGACACUGAAGAGAAAACAGCUGAAGGUAUUGCUCAGAGCAUUUCUUAUGCUUCACCUGGACCUCAUAUCUUCCUGGUUGUCAUCAAAGUGGGUUCAUAUACCAAGGAAGAAAAGUACACGAUACGAAUGAUUCAGAAAAUCUUUGGUGAGGAAGCCUACAAUCACAGCAUGGUUCUCUUUACCCAUGGUGACCUGCUCAAAGGGAAAACUAUUGAGGAGUUCUUGAAGGACAGCAAAGAUCUGCAGGAACUUGUGACCAAAUGUAACAACCAGUACCACGUGAUCAAUAAUGAUCUGGAGGAUCAUUCUCAAGUCAGUGAGCUGCUCGAUAAGAUAAGAAAUAUAAAUGCUAAGAAUGGAGGAAGCUACUACACCACUGAAAUAUUCCAAAAUGCAGAGAGAGCGAUAGAAGAGGAGAAACAACAAAUCCUGAGAGAGAAAGAAGAGCAAAUGCGCAAAGAGCAGGAAAAACUGAGGAAGGACAUAGAGGAGGAACAGCAACAUCCUGUUCAACCUUGCAAAGUCUCCAACAAUAAUGAGUGUAUCAGGAUUGUGAUGGUGGGGAAGACUGGAGUUGGGAAGAGCGCCACAGGAAACACCAUUCUGGGACAAAAGUGCUUUAAAUCAGAAUUUGCUGCAGAAUCUUUGACUAAAUUCUGUGAAAAGGUUCAUGGUGAGAUCGAUGGACAAAAGGUUGCUGUUAUCGACACUCCGGGCCUGUUUGACACCAGGAGCGCUGAAGAGGAAACAAACAAAGAUAUUGUCCAGUGCAUUUCUUAUGCUUCACCUGGACCUCAUAUCUUCCUGGUCGUCAUCAAACUGGGCAGAUUUACAGAUGAAGAAAAACACACGGUGCAGAAGAUUCAGGAAAGCUUUGGAGAGGAAGCCAACAAAUACAGCAUGGUUCUCUUUACCCAUGGUGACCAACUCAAAGGGAAACCUAUUGAGGAGUUCUUGAAGAACAGUGUAGAUCUGCAGGAACUUGUGACCAAAUGUAACAACCAGUACCACAUGUUCAAUAAUGAGGUGAAGGAUCGUUCUCAGGUCAGCGAGCUGCUCGAGAAGAUAAUAAAUAUAAAUGUGCAGAAUGGAGGAAGCUACUACACCACCGAAAUGUUCCAAAAGGCAGAGAGAGCGAUAGAAGAGAAGAAACAACAAAUCCUGAAAGAAAAAGAAGCAGAAACAUGCAAAGAACAGGAGAAAUUGAGGAAGGAAAUAGAGGAAAAGUAUAAGCAACAGCUCAGAGACUUGAAAGGUGACACUGAGAAGGACACUAAAUUAAAGGAAGAAUGUGAAAAAGAAAUCAAAAAUGAAAUUAAAAAAUUGAAGGAAGAGCAAGAACAUCGGGCCAGAAAGGAAGCCGAGGACAGCAAUCAGGUCAUCAGACUCAUUUAA